AUAACUUUCUUCACCCACCCCCUUUCUUAACACAGAAAAAGAAUUCUUUUUUUGCUAACAACAAUAUGUAUGUGCCUCGUCGAGAGGACCCAAUGAGCAAAAAACUUUCUCCUGGUAAGUAGAAAAUAUACUAUCCUACAUAUUUCCCAUACAAACUGAGACCUUUAUGAUAUCUAAAAGAAGAAACUGAACUAAGUUAUAUACACAGACAUUUCUCAGUUUUUAAGAAUUCCUCGGUAAUUAAUAUGGAAGACGUUAAUUAUUUGGAUAGUUCCAACACAACUGUUUUUACCAACAGAGAUACAGUUACUCAAACGUGCAGUGAUGAGAAACCUUUACAAAGUGCUGCGGUAACAGGAAAUAUUCUUGAAUAUUCUUGUGAGAUUUGUACGAAAACAUUCCCUUCAGAAGACGAAGUCUUGACGCACAAAGAAACGCAUAAUAAGGGAAAACCUCUCCACUAUAAAAUAAGCGAGAAACCUCUUGUUUGUAACAGGGAGUUAGCAAAACACAAACGAAAACACGGUGGAAAAAAAUCUUAUCAUUGUGGAAUCUGCGGCAAACUUUUCACCCAAAACUCUCAUCUUGUAACCCAUAUACGUAUUCACACUGGAGAAAAACCGUAUCACUGUGAAAUAUGUGGCAAAUCUUUCGCUUCUAACAGUAAUUUAACAUGUCAUAAACGAAUACACACGGGAGAAAAACCGUAUCACUGUGAGAUAUGUGGGGAGUCGUUCCCUGAUAACUAUAAUCUUGGAGUUCACAUACGAAUACACACCGGUGAAAAACCGUAUCGUUGUGAAACUUGCGGGAAAUCUUUUGCUUCCAACUGUGAUUUAGCAAAGCACAAACGGAUACACACGGGCGAAAAACCCUUCUGUUGUGAAGUGUGUGGUAAAUCAUUCUCUAAUAGUUCGAAUCUUCGCGUCCACAAACGUAGCCACACGGGUGAGAAACCGUAUUGUUGUGAAACGUGUGAGAAGUCGUUUGUGUCCAACAGUGAUUUAAACAGACACAAACGAAUUCACACGGGAGAAAAACCGUUCCACUGCGAAAUCUGCGGGAAAUCAUUUAGUGCUAAUUCUCAUCUUUUAGUUCACAAACGUAGUCACACUGGAGAAAAGCCAUUUCGUUGUGAGAUAUGUGAGAAAUCAUUUGUGGAUAACAGCGUCUUAAGAAAGCACAAACGAAUACACACGGGAGAAAAACCAUUUCAUUGUGUAAUCUGUGGAAAAUCGUUUCUCUCUAACAGUGAUUUAACAAAACACAAAAGGAUCCACUCUGGGGAGAAACCCUAUUGCUGCGAAGUGUGCGGAAAGUAUUUUGUGUACAACAGUGAUUUUAACAGACACAAACGAAUCCACACAGGGGAGAAACCUUAUCGUUGUGAAAUCUGUGGCAAGUCAUUCACCGAUAAUUCUAACCUUGUUGGUCACAAACGUAGUCAUACUGGAGAGAGUAGUUAUAGCUGUGAGAUAUGUGACAAGUCGUUCUCUGUUAACUCCUGUCUUGUCAUUCACAGACGUUGUCACACUGGAGAAAAGCCUUAUCGUUGUGAAAUCUGUGGUAAAUCGUUCGCUGAUAAUUCCCACCUUGUGGUUCACAUACGUAGCCAUACAGGAGAGAAACCGUAUCAGUGUGAGAUCUGUAAGAAGUCAUUUGUCUCUAAAAGCGUCUUGACCAUACACCAUAGAACUCACACCGGGGAAAAACCAUUUCACUGUGAAAUAUGUGGAAAAUGUUUUAUCACUAACGGCGUCUUAAAAACACACAGAAUUAUACAUACUGGAGAGAAACCGUUUCACUGUGAAGUGUGUAAGAAAUCGUUUAUCACAAACAGUCUCUUGAAAAAACACAAACAGCUACACGUUUGAAGGAAAUUUUUUUCACUGUGAAGAACAAAGAAAUCCAUCUCUUGCAAACCAAAACGUGGAGACACAUACAAGACACCUGUGCCGGUGACACAUAAGAGGGACCCAUGAAAGGGUCCCGUGCUGGUAGCACAUAAAAGGCACUCAUGCUGAUGACAAGUGAAAGGCAGCUGUGCCAGUGACACAUAAAAAGCACCUGUGCUGAUGGCACAUGAAAGGCACCUGUGCCUGUGACACAUGGAAGGCACCUGUGCUGGUGACGUGAAAGGCACCCAUGCUGAUGGCACAUGAAA